UCUUGUACACUUAUCUUGCAAGAAGCUUUUAAUUCAUAUAAAUAAUAUCAAACACCUUAUUACAGUCACCUCCCACUCUUCUUUAUGCAUUUGAAAUUAGCCAUGGGAAAAAAUGCGAUCUUUACGUUGCUAACAAUGCUUUAUUUGCUCAUCUAUGUUGUGUCUCUCAAUAGUUCCACUAAUGAGUAUGCUCUUCUAGCCUUCAAAUCUCAAAUUUCUGAUCCAAAUAAAAUUUUGGCCAAAAAUUGGUCACAAGAAACCUCUUUCUGUAAUUGGAUUGGUAUUACUUGCGGAAGGAGACAUCGAAGAGUUAGAGGCUUACGUUUAACAAAUAUGGGCUUGCGAGGUACUAUUGCAAAAGAGAUCGGUGAACUCUCCUUUUUGAGAUCCUUGAUUAUUAGUAACAACAAUUUCCAAGGAUAUAUCCCUGUUGAAGUGGGUAAUUUGAACCAACUUCGAGAAAUAGAGAUGCAGUACUAUGAGCUAAAUGGUUCUAUUCCAUCAAGUUUUGGAUUUCUUGUAAAUCUACAGAAGUUAAAUCUCUCCGGGAACAUACUCAAUGGCGAUAUUCCUAACAAGAUUUUCAAUGUCUCUUCUUUGAUAGAUAUUGGUUUAGGAAACAAUAGUCUCUCUGGAAGUCUUUCCUCGGAUAUCUGUACCAAUCUUCCGAAGCUAAAGAAGCUAAGAAUUUCAGAAAAUCAAAUAACUAGCAACAUUCCUCCAAGCUUGGGAACAUGCUCAAAUCUUGAACUACUUUCUCUAUCGUUCAAUAAUUUUGCUGGUAACAUUCCAAUGGAAAUCGGGAACUUGUCAAAGCUUCAAACACUCUAUCUAGGAAGCAAUAAUUUGAUAGGAACUAUUCCAAAUGAACUUGGAAACCUACCAUCACUUGUAGAACUAGAUUUGAGUUUUAACGGCUUGAGUGGAAGCAUUCCAUAUGAAAUUGGAAACUUGUCAACACUUCAAGGUUUAUAUAUGAGUUCGCUCAUCUUGACAGGUACAAUUCCGAAUUCAAUUAGCAGUUUGUCAAAUUUGGAGGCUUUGCUUGUUGGAAACAAUAGUCUUCAUGGUCAGAUACCUCAAUCCAUCUUCAAUCUCUCCAUGUUGCAAGCACUUAGUUUUGCAAAAAAUAAUAUCUCCGGCAAUUUUCCAUUGUCAAUAGCCAAUGGGCUCCCUGAUCUCGAACUUCUCUAUUUUGAUAUCAAUAGAUUGAGUGGAGAAAUUCCUGACUGGAUUUCAAAUUGUUCUAAGCUUAUUAUAUUGGAGCUUAGUCAUAACUUGUUCAGUGGACAUGUACCAAUUAAUCUUGGGAAUUUACAAGACCUUCAACGUCUAAAUUUAGGUGCUAAUCUCUUGACAAAUGAUCCUUCAAUGUUGGAAUUGGAUUUUCUACCUUCAUUGACAAAUUGUAGAUACUUGGAGAAGCUAUGGAUUGGUGAAAAUUUUUUUGAUGGAAUGCUUCCAAAAGCUUUAGGUAAUUUUUCGACAUUUCUUCAAGAAUUUGAUGUUAAUGAUUGUGGCAUCAAAGGUAUGAUUACAAGUGGAAUUGGCAAUAUGAGAAACUUGGUCUGGCUAGGAAUGGGAGGCAAUGAGUUCACAAGAGAAAUUCCUGACACGUUGAGCCAAUUGAGGAUGUUGCAAAUGUUGGAGCUUGAUGACAAUAACCUGCACGGGUCAAUACCUGACAACCUUUGCAAUCUGGUGAAUCUUUAUCACCUAGUUUUGGAGAAUAAUCAACUCUCUCAAAAGCUACCAACUUGUCUAGGAGAUCUUACUUCUUUACGAAAACUUUAUUUAGCUAACAAUUCAUUGACUUCAACCAUUCCAUCCACACUAUGGACUAACAAGGAAAUUCAAAUAAUAGAUUUGUCAUAUAAUUUUCUCAAUGGUUCGCAGGUUCCAGAAAUCGGCAACAUGUUCAGGAUGAGAGAGUUAUAUCUAUCAGGAAAUUAGUUCUCAGGUGAGAUUCCAAGCACUAU